CUUAAACCAGUUCUUUUUCCUUACAUCUUGGUGUGUUCUUGUUCUGUCUAAUGGGAGGCAACAGCAGUAAGCAAGUAUCGCUCUUCAGCUUCUAUAAAUCACGAAGGCCGACUCAUAGAGUUCAAGCAGACCCCUGGGACGACGGUGUAUACACAAGGAAGGCAUGGGCCAGUGACGAGGACAAGAGAUAUUGGGUGGCUGAGCCAGGUAUUGACCGUAAAGCUUCUGCCUUCAUCGCCAGGUUCCAUGCCUCUCGUGUCUCUGAGUCCGAGCGCCAAACUCUCCCUUCUUGUCAAUCUCAUCUUAAUUAGCCAUCAUCUUAAUCAUAACGAUGAUGAUGAAAUGAAAAAAAAAAUGCUAAUAGCUUAUUAGCUUGGUUCUAUUGUACUUUCUUUUUUAUGUUUAUGAUGAUGUCCUUACGAUUAUUUGUUUAUAAAAAAUGUCUUAUAUAUAUAGCUUAAAGUCAUUCU